AUGCUCGAGCGCCCGCAGCUGCGCUGGGCUUUCAUACGCAAAGUGUAUGCGAUCAUCCUGGCCCAGCUCCUCCUCACCAUCGGCGUUGCCACCGCCGUCUUACUCGCGAAGCCCUUGUCGAGCUUCAUGGCCGAGACCAAGCUGGGGUCCGCCAUCUACAUCGUCCUCCUCGUCCUCCCUUUGAUAAUUAUAUGUCCACUGCGCGAGUACCACAAGAGGCAUCCGGUGAACUUCGUCCUCCUGGGUCUGUUCACGAUCGCGAUGGCGUUCGGCCUGGGUUUCUCGUGCGCUUUUUACCAGAAAAAGAUCAUUCUGGAAUCAGCGAUUUUGACGAGCGUCGUCGUUGUCGCGCUUACUUUGUACACGUUCUGGGCUGUAAAAAGAAGCCGCGACUUCAGUUUUCUCGGACCCUUCUUGCUCGCUUCCCUCCUGGUGAUACUCGUUUUCGCUGUGAUUCAGUUACUCUUUCCUCUGGGGAAGUUAUCAUGGAUGAUAUUCGGCUGCUUGGGGUCGAUCAUAUUUGCCGCUUUCAUCAUGUACGACGCCAAUAACCUGAUCAAGCGCUUCAGCUAUGAUGAGUACAUAUAGCCUGCAGUUUUGAUUUAUCUCGAUAUCAUCAACCUCUUCCUUAGCCUUCUCUAUGGUUUCGGCGUAGCGGGCGAUGGCUAGGAAAAAACCCGUUCGGCACGCCCUUGCCCUUGAUUCGUGUGAGUGGUGAUUGUCUCUUAUUCGAAUAAACUGAUGAGGGCUGAGGUUUGUGAAUAAGGAUACGGACGCGAAUGUAGCUUUGCAAGCAACUUUGAUCUGUGAUUGUGUAAUGUAACAGACGUAAAUGAUGUAGUAUG